AUGAGGGUCGUACUGUUUAUGUUUUUCUGCUGUAUAGUUCAUUUGGGGGUACUUACGGCUUUAAAAUGCGACAUUGCGCAUAACAACGGCGACCAAAUCAAGCAAGCCCUCAGCGCUUGCAUGAAAAACAGCGAAAGCGCCGAAAAACUGUGGGAAAUGACCAUCGGACCGGGAAAAGCCGCCUCCGCAGAGGUCGAAACAGUCCAAACAGACUCGAAAGCGAGGCACAAACGCGACGAUAACUCCACCAAAUCCUCUUCAACGGAGGAAACGACCACAGCGAAUCCCACAUCGACGAAUUCCUCGGAGGAAUGCGUCGUGCAUUGCGUCCUGGCGCAAAUGGAACUGGUCGACGUGAACAAUUUGCCGGACCAUUCCAAGAUCACCGAAGGACUACUCAGAGGCGUCAACCAACGGGAGCUCUACAAUUUCCUGCAGGACUCUAUCGACGAAUGCUAUCAAGCGGUUAACGAAGCUAACAAUUUGGACUUGUGCGGCUAUUCGAACAAAUUGGUGAAAUGUCUGGCGGAUAAAGGGAAAUCGAAUUGCGCCGAUUGGCCGGCAGGAGCUCUACCAUUCUAA